UUCUUCAUCGACCACACGCGCCACCAAUCUUGCUGAGCACAGCAUUUACACCUCACAAGAACUCACCACCCUACACAUCGGACAAGACUAAUUACACUACAAACAAUGUCCGAAUCAACGCCGCGUAUCAACGCGCAGUACCUAGAACAAUUCUCCCACCGGACCGUCCGCAUCGUCGGCAAGGUUCGACAGCUGCGAGGCGAGCAGGCGACGAUCGAUGCGAGCGGGACAAUCAAUGUCCACCUGAACCGAGAAUCACAUCUGCAACUCAAUCACGCCGUGGAGAUCAUUGGCAAAGUACAACAAGAUCUGAGCGUGCGGGUCCUGUCGAGCACAGAUCUGGGGCCUGAAGGCAGUGUUGAUUUUGCUGCGAUCGAUGCCGUUGUCGAUGCGACACACCGGUACCACGAGAUCUUCUAUGAGAAGCAGGACUGAAGCAAAGUAUGCACGGAUGUAUCACGUACUCCUCAGAAAGCACAUGUCCUUGCUGGAUUUCAUUCGAAACGAUUGACGGCCUACGAUUUUGACGGUACCGAAUCUCAGCUGCGGCGGCUCAUGAUGGUGCAUCGAGCUGUGGACAUUCGAAUUGUUCUGUCGGGAUGUCCCUGGUAACGCGAAGAUCUGAAAUCCGUCUGCGAGAUGGAAAGAAACGCUUCACUCCCUCCCACACGAUGGAUAAUAGCUUGCGCGUUGGUGACGCCACUCGAAACAUUAGUCACAUAUAUAAGUACAGUACACGUCCAUCAACGUGCUUGGGCAUCAUACCACGAGCGAAGACCAGGCCCGGAGAUGAUCUAUAGGAGCACCUGGCAUUCGUUGCGUCCCUCAAGAAACGCUGAUAGCAGUCUUUCUGAGCCCGCUUGUAAGAUCGUCAACCGCA